UUAUCAUUUAUGUACGUCGUUUUAAGUUGAAAUGUUCAUUGACAAUUGUAUGGUUGAGUGGCACGCGAGUCCGAGAGGCUUUUACCAUUGCGAAUAGCAGUCUCAUAAAGGCAAGCGCGCGCGCAACCCGCCGCAACCUAACAUUUAUGUGUGCUUGAAUUUUGGUGUGUGACGUUAUAGUGUCAAAAAUUGCGGUUAUCAGUUAACAUGAAAAUUAAUAUAAAAUUAUUCGAUUUCAUCCCGGCGCGGUUUAACGUGGCCUUAAUGAUGUUUUUCGCAUGCUGGGUUAAUUACAUGUUAAGGGUAAACAUGAGCGUCAACAUCAUCGCAAUGGUUCCUGACGAUAGCGAAGUUAAAUCGGUGAAAAGCGAAUGCGAGGCCAUCGCUAAUGACGAUAGCACAUUAUAUAACGACACUAUAAAAGUGAUUACGAAGCGGGUGCUACGGCAGCCUGAAGGUAUUAUCACUUUUGAUUGGUCAGCCCAAAAACAAGCCUACGUAUUAUCUAGCUACUUCUGGGGCUACGCCAUAACUUCCCUACUUAGUGGUACUGCAGCCGAAUUAUGGGGUCCAAGAAAAAUCGUCUUUUUGACGAUGUUAAUUAGUUCUGUUCUUACGAUUCUGACACCACAAGCAGCUAUAUGGGAUUAUUCCCUACUUGUGGGUACACGAUUCGUCAUCGGUCUUUUAUCGGGUUUCCUUUUUCCUGCAUUGCACUCGCUAGUUGCUAGGUGGGCGCCUCCAGCUGAGAAAGGAAAAUUCGUGAGCUCACUUUUAGGUGGUGCUAUAGGAACUGUCGUCACGUGGUCACUCACUGGGCCGCUGAUUGAGAACUUUGGUUGGAGUUAUGCAUUUUACGUACCUGGUAUAAUUGGUGUAGUAUGGUGUUUGGCUUGGUGGGUCUUGGUAUAUGAUUCCCCCGUCCUACAUCCACGUAUCUCAGCUGCAGAAAAAGAUUAUAUUUUACAAGCCAUCGGCGAUAAAGUGCAGAGUUCGAAAAAGACGAAAACUGUACCUCCUUUCUUAAAAAUCAUUACUUCAUUUCCCUUCCUCGCUAUGGUGAUUCUUCACUACGGUAACAACUGGGGACUGUACUUCGCGAUGACAGCGGCACCUAAAUUUGUAUCCAGCGCACUGGGUUUCAAUCUUACCUCAACCGGAACACUGUCUUCCUUACCAUACUUAGCGAGGAUGAUAUUCUCAUUAAUCUUCGGAGCAAUUGGAGACAGAAUCAUGAAACAAAACAUAGUUUCGACGACGUUCGUGAGGAAGUUCUUCUGCCUGUUCUCCCACAUUGUGCCUGGCUUACUACUGAUAGCUCUUGGAUACACUGGAUGUGCGCCGAUACUUUCAGUGGCUCUGAUAACAUUCUCGAUGGGAUCGAAUGGCGCGGCCACUUUGACCAAUCUGGUCAACCACCAAGAUCUUGCUCCUAAUUUUGCCGGUACAUUGUAUGGAUUUGCUAAUGGAAUCGGUAACACGGCUGGAUUCAUUACGCCUAUUGUUACUGCCUAUUUCACUAAGAAUGGGAACGGUUUUGCGGAAUGGAGACCAGUUUUCAUCACCGGGGCCUCUUUGUAUAUCGCUUCAGCUCUGUAUUUCAUCCUGUUUGGAACUGGAGAAACACAACCAUGGAACUAUAUUGCGCCAGCGAAUGAUGAAGAUGAAGAAGAAAAGAGACCAAGUGCAAAUUCCACCGAUACCACCGUUACAAUCGCCGUUAAAACAUAAAACUUUAGUUUCGAUCGUGACUGUUUUUGCUACUCUUAGAUAAAAUAGUAGUUACUUUAUUGGCAAAGCCCAAAGUAGAUACUUUUAAAUAAUGUCACGUGUAGCCUAUUCCAAGCACAAGUGGAAUAAAGUCAAAUAAAAGAAAUACAUCGAACUGACGCGGUAUAAUUGAUCGAGCUUGACGAAGUCAUCGGGACUAUUAUAAUUUUCAAUAAAAUUAAAAUGAAUAUAAUGCGCAUUUAUAUGGAAUAGUGUUCUAUUAUAAAUAAAGAAAAAUAAUCUCGAACGUUUCUAGUGCACAAUAUAGCAGAGUGAUUAGCUUUAGCAAUUACGUAUAUCUUUGUAAAGGUUUGUUUAUCUGUAUUUCGUCUUCGAUUGGAAUAGGUUAUAGUUAUUAUCUUACGAC